AUGUCGGAGAUUUCGUGUGAAUUCUGGCUUCGAGUCGACGACUGGGGGCAUCGGAUAGUCACUGUUUUCGGAGGAGUCAUCUGCUUGACACUACUAUAUCUAACUGUCUUUACCAACCAACGAGUGCUCGCUGAAUUCCGGCUGAUUCUCUUUUUCUGCUCUUUGGCCGACAUCCAGUGCUGGCUGAUCAGCUCGUAUGUCCAUAUGGUACGUCAGCAUAAAUGGGUUUGAUUUUCUGGCCGUUUCAGUCGAUGGAUGUCACCGAAGGAACAGAAUUGAUCGUCGUGCGAGCUGUUAAACCCUUCAAUGGGAAGUACAGCCCAUCCACGCAACGGAAUUUAGCUCUGCUUUUUGUGUAUGGAGGCAUUUUAGUGAUCCUUAUGUUGCCAAUGAACUGCUAUUGCCGAUACGUGCUGAUAAAACGGUAGGAAUGAAAGCGAUAGCAAAGGGCUGAAUGUUUUGUGAAGAAAACACUAAUUUCAGAUCCGAGUUGCGUCUUCGAACAACUGUCUCUGCAUUUGGUCUAGCCUGCUUUGUAGCCGCUUUCAUGGCAACUUGGGUUGGAUUUACAGUAUCGUGGAACGAAGACGGUAGAUUUCAGAGCUCGUCAUGCAUUAGUCAAGACAAUAGAGGUAUCAUUAUGUAUACCAAAAUGGUAAGUGUUAAAGACUAGCCAGUCUCACUUUUUCUGGGCCUAGUCCACAUGCCAGUUGCUGAGAUUUAAGGCUGCGCUUUACAGGGAUGCCCGAGAAAUUAAGCGUUUUUUGGAGCCGAUAGAGUACGAUAUAGUAAAAAAUUGAUCUUUUCUAGAAAACGUUUCUCUUACCGGCAGAAAUAUUGUCUGAAAUUGCUUUUCAUGAACUUGAAAAGAAAUCCCAAAUUGUGGCGUGACUGUAGAGUAAAAAUCUCGGAUGUUUCUGCAAACCGCCGGUCAGAAAUCUCGCUAGUGGCUAAUAAAAUAUUGGCCUGAUUUCAAGCCAUAUUUGCUUUAAAAUUUGAGCUUUUAUUUUGAACGUUUCCCCAUUAAACCAGGUUCUCUUUAAAGCGCUUUAUAGACCUCAUCAUAAGACCUAAUCAUAAGUAGGCAUAAUGCUUCCAUUAUUCAGACUGACCCCUUUUGCCGAAUGUAUUUUCUUUUUGCCGCCAUACUCUUCGUCGUCAUCUACGCAGCUUCCAUUCUACUGGCUCGACGAACAUUCUUUCACAUAAAAGAGCGUAAGCAAUCGUUCGACGCGAAAGCCCUCUCCGUCCAACGGCAGUUGGCCAGGAUCAUGGUUAUGCAGGUAGAUAUAUAUAGUUUUUACAAAACAUAUCCACAGGGAGCGCUUCCAAUCCUCACCUCCAUUGGACCUGCAUUGCUGAAUGUGGGUACAAUGCUGUUGAAUUUCGAAGUUGGACAAAUCGGAUUCGUAAUUUACGGAGUUUUCAAUUGGAUACCGCUGGUGAAUCCACUGGCAACGAUUAUCAUUGUCAAGCCCUACCGCCGACACAUGUUGAGGAUCUUCUCGGUGCAGCGAUUUUUCAACGUCUCCAGCACAAAUUCGAACAUUGUGAGGCCGGCGACUACUCAGACCACGCAAACACGUGACUGA